UUGAAGAAAGGAAGGACAUAUAAACGUUGGUAUAAACGAAAUAGUUAACACAAAAAGCUUUCUUUAUUAAUAUCGAUAAUAUAUUCAUUUCUGGAAAUGUCUGCCGAAGAUAUGAGCGAACGGGAAAGCAUAUCUGUCGAAUCGGCGUUCGUCGUAACAUCAGAGAUGAUUGAGAUCGCAAAAAAUGCUGAGAGUAUGGAUAUUAGCAUGGAAGUUUUUGAAAUCUUAAAAUCAUUGGUCAACAUUAUAAGAACUGUAGAAGAAAAGUUAUAUUAUAAAAAUGAAUUAAAAGAGACUAGGGCAAUAGAAAGCAAAGUGAACAGAUUGUUUCAGGAUAUAAUCAAAUGUAAGGAUAUAAGAUACAAUGACAGUGUAAUUCUUGGACUAGCUUACCUACUUAUAUUUUGGAUAUAUGAUAACGUAAUAGAAGACCAAUUGGAUUGCACAGAAGCUUAUCUUGUAAGAUGUUUAGAAUUGUUAAAAGGAAAAGAACUAGAUCAUAUUGUUAUUUUGCUAGUUAUCAGAGUCCUUAACCAUUUAGGCAGCAAUUAUCUUAGUCUGAAAAAACCAAAAGAUUCUAUACCAAUCUUUGAGAAAGCACUGCAGCUAUAUUUGGCAUAUACAAAGGGAAAAGAUGAAUAUCCAGUCCCUUUUAAUAUAUUAAACAUGUUUAAUCUUGAGGUAGACAAAAGUCCCAAAAAUUUACUGGAAGAAGUAUAUAUCACAAUUUUAGAAAAAUUAAUAGAGACAAAAUCAGCAUUAAUAUCAGAGUAUUUUUUAUCUCGAAAUAAUUUUACUGCAGCCAGAAAUUAUCUUAUCGCUGCAGAGUGGAUAUUAGAUAGACUUUAUGUAGACAGAUAUAAAGAAAGCAACAUACAGACCCUUCUAAAUAAAAAAGAUUUGAUACAUGUCAAGUAUAACGACAUAUGUAAGAAACUAGUCAGAUAUUGGGCAAGAUAUGGACUUGCCCUUCUACGUUUGUCUGUGGAACAAUUACUGCAGAGUGAAAAAAAGAACGAUUCUUUUGAAGUAAAUGAUUCAAAAGUAGAAUCAUCUAUAGAAUUCCACGAGCAAUUCAAUAAAUUAACACAAUUUGUGGAUCCAAAAGAAUAUCCAAUAUAUUAUAGUAUAAUCACAGAUAAAUACCUGACACAUUAUUCUGAUGCUGAAAAAGUUUAUACAGAUGUUUUAUAUUGGCUUGAGAAUGCAAAUGUAUAUUAUACCCCGGAUAAGCAUAAAGUAGAAUUUAUAUCGAUUGCUCAAGAUAUUUCUAAAACAUGCAAAUAUUUUGCAUGUUAUAAGCAAGACACGGGAGACCAGAUAAUACUGCAUUUAAAGAGAAUAGCUAUUUUAGAAAACGUUCUGGAGAUUUUAGACAAACAUCGUGAUCAUAAUAUUUGUAAGCAGAUUUGGAUUGAACUAGCAGUCAUCUAUUCAACAUUGAUGGAUUUAAUAUUAAGAAGCUACCGGAUAGAUAAAAAACCGAUGACAUUUUCUCCGAAAGAAUGUGUGAUAGCUUGCAUGAGUAAUUUUGAAAUAUAUUUAAAUUCUUAAGUUAACAUAUGUGUGUUAUUGAUUAAUGGAUGAAGAGAUGGAUGGAUAUGUGACUCGGAUUACUAAUCUAAGUUUUAUAUUAUUAUUUAGACGUGAGAUAUUUAUAUUUACUCUAGAAAUAUUAUUAAUAAUAUGCCGAAAUAUAGAAUAUAUAGAAAUAGUUUGCUGAAAUAAUCUCUCAAUUGAUCCCACUUUAUUAAGAGGUUAUAUGACAUUUAAUAUUUAAAAAAAUUUGUUAUGCCACGCACGCGCUCAAAGUUGAAGUAUGAGAAGUUGAUAUUUACUGAAUUUAAUUGAAACGUACAUUGGCGAAAUGAUAAUGAAAUGGGGUCAAUUGAGAACAAAUUUUCAGCAUAAUAUUUCUAUCAGGAUA